AUGAGUGUAUCAGUCGAGCUUGACCCUGCUAUUAUCAAAGUGUUGAACGAUAAGAAGAUCAUAGGUGUAGAGCAGCUUCAGGCAUCAGACCGGGCCUCUUCCCUCACUGUUAAGACGCAAGAUGCGAACGGCUAUACGAGGGACUACUUCCUCAAGGCUAGCGAGAAACUGGCCCAACACCAUCGGAAAAGCAAGUCGCCUAAUGGCUGUUUCGGGUUUCAUGUUACUACUUUCGAUGGGAAACUGCCUCUAAAUACGUUUAUCAUCAAGCUACUACGCGGCGUCUAUGAACUAGACACAGAGAUAAACGGCUUCUGGAAAGAUCUUGACCAUGUAAUGCAUAUAGCAUUCUCAAGACUUAUAUCUCGCCUGCUGGACCCCUUGACUGCCAACGGGCGUUCCAUCAAGCCAUGCCUCAUCCACGGCGACCUCGAACGGGUCGAUGAAUUUGACGACCGGAGUCGACUUUAUUCUGUCGAGACGCUUAUAAUCAACUCGGCUCACUUUCCCGGGAAGGAUACAAGACAACUAACCGUCAAGGAGCUGGAGUACCUCAUCAAGAAAUAUCUCGAUGUGGAUUGA